GCCUUUCCGAGGAGCAAGCCUCAGCAGUAGCCGCGGAGAAGCGGCGGCGGCGGCGGAGGCCAGGCCAGGCUGGGCCGGGUCCUCCACCUCCUGCUCCGUCCGGGGGCCGCUUCCCCGCUUCCUCGUCCGGGAAGGACGCCCCCGCCCCAUCCCUCAUGCUGUGGGUGCCGCGGGGCGGGAGCGGCCGCGGCGGGGCCCCCCAAGCAGAGACGCCGCCGCUGCGCCCAGGAAGAGACCGGUGAGGAGGGCGGAGGCUCUGUGCGGCAAAGCGGCCUCCGGGACAGACAAGAGAUCUUUGAGCUGUGGUUGGGCACUUACUGUAAACAACAAAUCUGUGUGGUCUGUUACUGAAAAAGGAAUGUUUGUAGCCGCCAUGUAAGCCUGAAGUAUAGAGACUCAAGAUAUGAUUAUGGCACUUUAAGAAAUAUAAGAGACCAGCUUUAACUGAACAUAUUACUGGUUUGGGGUACAUCACAGAUGAAACCCAGCCUAGUGGAGUCAACAAGAUGCAGUGGUGUACAACUUCUGGGCUACUUUGGCCAUAAGAGAAAUCUGGCCAGAAGGUGAACGUGAUGACGGCCUGGUCUAUGGUGGAAAGGCUGAAAAUGGAGAAGAGCCGCUCCCAAGAAGAGAGGACUAAAGAGCAAGAUGGUGGAGAUCGUAGCACCGAAUCUGAGGAAUGGACAAGCUCUGAGAGUGAACCUGAGCAGCCUGGCUUCAGGAACAGCUGCAGCAAUGCACAGUUGAGGGAUAAAGAGAUUUCCUACAAACCACAUCGGCAACUUUGCCGCUCUCCUUGCUUGGAUCGUCCAAGUUUUUCGCAGAGUAGCCUCCUUCAGGAUUUGAAACCGGAAGAGAAUAAAGCAAACUUGAGUCAAGAAUAUCAAUCAAAACUUGAUUUUGCUUUGAAACUGGGAUAUCCUGGAGAUCAGAUUCAAGCUGUGUUGAACAAGCUGGGGGCAGAUGCUCUUACCAAUGACAUUUUGGCUGAGCUUGUGAGACUUGGAAACAAGGUUGAGAAUGAAGGACAAGCAAGUACUGGAAAUACCACUGGUCCUGCUGGUACAAAGGAGGUUGCCAGUCCUGAGCUGUCUCUAGAAGAUGAGGUGGUAGACAGCUCUGACAACUUGAGGCCAAUUGUCAUUGAUGGAAGUAAUGUGGCAAUGAGUCAUGGGAAUAAAGAAGCAUUUUCCUGUCGAGGGAUUCAGUUAGCUGUCGACUGGUUUCUGGAGAAAGGUCAUAAAGAUAUUACAGUGUUUGUGCCUACAUGGAGGAAAGAGCAAUCUCGACCAGAUGCACCAAUUACAGAUCAAGAUAUUUUACACAAACUGGAAAAGGAAAAAAUUCUUGUUUUCACCCCAUCUCGAAGAGUUCAAGGGAGACGAGUUGUCUGUUACGAUGACCGUUUCAUAGUGAAACUGGCGUGUGAGUCUGAUGGCAUCAUUGUGUCAAAUGACAAUUACCGUGACCUUCAAAAUGAAAAGCCAGAAUGGAAGAAAUUUGUAGAGGAACGGCUCCUGAUGUAUUCUUUUGUGAAUGAUAAGUUUAUGCCACCAGACGACCCAUUAGGACGCCAUGGCCCCAGCCUUGAAAAUUUCUUAAGGAAAAGGCCUGUUGUUCCUGAACACAAAAAGCAACCUUGUCCUUAUGGGAAGAAAUGCACCUAUGGACACAAGUGUAAAUAUUACCACCCGGAACGAGCAAACCAGCCCCUGAGAUCCGUAGCUGAUGAGCUUCGCAUCAGUGCCAAAUUAUCUGCUGUGAAAACGAUGAGUGAAGGAGCACUGGCUAAAUGUGGCACAGGAGCAGCCCUUUCCAAAGGGGAAAUAACUUCAGAAGUGAAGCGCAUUGCUCCCAAACGUCAGUCAGAUCCAAGCAUUCGGUCUGUUCCUGUGGAACCCGAAGACAGGCUUUCAAUGGUGCGGAAGUCUGAGGCGAAUUCUGUCCCCUCCCUUGUUUCAGCAUUAAGCGUCCCAACCAUUCCACCUUCCAAAAGUCAUGCUGUUGGGGCAUUAAAUACCCGGUCAGCAAGCAGCCCUGUACCUGGUUCAUCUCAAUUCACACAUCAGAAAUCCUCACUAGAACACAUGGCUAGUGUACAGUAUCCUCCAAUCCUGGUCACUAAUAGCCAUGGCUCUUCAAUGAACUACGCAGAUCAGUACCCAAAGUAUGAGUCUUUGGGGGACCAUGGCUAUUAUUCAAUGCUCAGUGACUUCUCCAAUUUGAGUAUUAGUAGCAUGCAUAGCACAGAUUACUAUGGGGCUGAUGUAGACCAAGGUUUAUACUCAAGAAAUUCAAGCCCCUGUCCAGACAGUUGCUUAAGCCAUACAAGCAAUGAUUUGUACUCCUCAUAUACAGACUUAUAUAUGGGUCUAGGGGAUGGGAGCCCAGAAGACAAUGUCAAGGUUCAUCGACUCCCACCUCAAAGCCGCCUUCAGCCUUUCUCCCAUGGUUAUCAUGAGUCCUUAACAAGAGUUCAGAGCUAUAGCCCUGAAGGGUCUAAACAUAUACACAAGCAUUCACUUUCCCAUUUAGCACUGCACAUCCAACACCCAGUUGUUGGGGCUAGGUCCAGUUGCCCAGGGGACUACCCUGUGCCUCCAAAUGUUCACCCAUCAGCCACUACCCAGCCAAGUCGUGCCCUCGUUAUGACGAGAAUGGAUAGUGUUUCUGAUUCGCGUCUUUAUGAAAGCAAUCCCACGCGACAAAAAAGGCCACCGCUCUGUCGAGAGCAGCAUGCCAGUUGGGAUCCAUUGCCAUGUCCGACUGAUACCUACCCUUACCAUCCCUACCCACUGAGCAACAACCUCAUGCAACCAUCUUAUGAGCCUGUAAUGGUGAGAAGUGUGCCAGAGAAGAUGGAGCAGAUCUGGAGGAAUCCUUGGGUUGGAAUCUGUGGUGACCCACAAGAACCACACAUAAUCCCAGAGCAUCAGUAUCAAAUCUAUAAGAAUCUCUGUAAUAUUUUUCCAGCUAGCGUUGUCCUCUCGGUGAUGGAGAAGAAUCCCCACAUGACAGAUGCACAACAGUUGGCAGCUAUGAUUGUUGCCAAAUUGAGAACAGGACGUUAAAAAAGAUCCUUCAUUUUGAAUUUCUAAAGAUAAAUAAUUGAAAAUUCUGUACAUUUUGGAGCUCUCUAAAAAUGACAGGUGAUAUGCUCUAUUUGUUAAAAGGUUUUAAUUGCAGUAUACAAUUCUGUAUAUUAUUGUAGUGAUUAUAUUUAAAAUAUGCAUGAAGCAUUUUGAAAAAGCAGAUUGUAUAAUAAAUAUGAGUAUUUAAUGAUUUUUAAAGCAGGGAUUUUUGAAAAAGGCAUUUUACAGGAAGUGCAUACCUUAUGCAUGGAUGUAUCAUUUAUUGAAUCUAAAAAGGUCAUAUGUUGGUAUGUCCAAACAGGUCCUUCAAAACAGCAAUUAUAUUGCAUGACUCAGUGUAUAGUCUUCAGUAUUAGCUGACAUAUGUUGCUGCAACAUAACAUUGGGUUUUUACAAUAAACUCUGUGCACUUGAACAUCCUCACAA